AUGGAUAAAUCCGUUUUAAGUUCUGAACAAGCUUAUAGUGAAAUGGCCAAGGCCGCUAAAACUGAUUUUUGUUUUGAGCCAAGCUUAAGAUAUCGCACAAUCACAGGUGUCAAGGGACCCUUGGUGAUAUUGGACAAAAUAAGGUUGCCUCGUUAUUCUGAAAUUGUAAGAAUAAAUAUGGGAGAUGGGUCUACCCGGAGAGGCCAGAUUCUCGAGGUGAAAGGGGACGUUGCCGUCGUACAGGUGUUUGAGGGAACUUCCGGCAUAGACAAUAAAUCUUGCACAGUCGAUAUGACGGGGGAAACCCUGAAGAUGUCGGUAUCGGAGGAUAUGCUAGGCCGUGUUUUCAACGGAAGCGGAGCCACAAUUGAUUCCGGACCCUCAAUUUUGGCCGACGACUACGUCGACGUCAACGGAUAUCCCAUAAAUCCAAUUUGCAGGAUGCACCCUCGGGAGAUUCUGGAAACUGGCAUUUCCACGAUCGACGUGAUGAAUUCCAUAGUGCUGGGACAGAAGAUUCCGCUCUUCAGCGCAGCCGGUCUUCCGCACAACGAGAUAGGAGCCCAGAUUUGCAGGCAGGCGCGUCUGGUCGAGGGGAAGGACGUCGUGGACAGGCACCCGGACAACUUUGCAGUGGUGUUCGCAGCAAUGGGCGUUAAUCUGGAGACGGCCAACUUCUUCAGACAGGACUUUGAGCAGAACGGGUCGAUGUCGAGGGUGGUGCUCUUCCUGAACCUGGCCAACGACCCGGCAGUGGAGCGCAUCAUCACGCCGAGGUACGCGUACACGGCGGCGGAGUACCUGGCCUUCGACCGGGAGAUGAACGUCUUCGUCAUCCUGACGGACAUGUCCUCGUACGCUGACGCGCUCAGAGAGGUCUCCGCGGCCAGGGAGGAGGUGCCCGGGCGGAGAGGCUACCCGGGGUACAUGUACACGGACCUCGCGAGCCUCUACGAGAGGGCGGGCAGGAUCACGGGCUCCAACGGAAGCAUCACGCAGUUCCCAAUCCUCACGAUGCCCAACGACGACAUCACACACCCGAUUCCGGACCUGACGGGGUACAUCACGGAGGGCCAGAUCUUCGUGGACAGGACGCUGCACAACAAGGGCAUCUACCCGCCGAUCAACGUGCUCCCGAGCCUCAGCAGGCUCAUGAAGUCGGGCAUCGGCGCCGACUUGACGCGCGAGGACCACCCGAGCGUGAGCGACCAGCUCUACUCCGACUACGCGAUCGGCCAGGACACGAGGGCGAUGAAGGCGGUGAUAGGAGAGGAGGCGCUCUCGUCUGAGGACCUGCUAUACCUGGAGUUCACGGACAACUUCGAGAACAAGUUCCUGAGGCAGGGCCAGUACGAGCGGAGGACGAUAGAGCAAUCCCUGGACAUCUGCUGGGAGCUCCUCCGCACCUUCCCCGAGGACAUGCUCAAAAAGAUUAAGACUGACAUCGUGAAGAAGUACUACCCGCGGUCCCUAUAG